AUGAAAUCAAUGCUUCAAAAGAAUCCAUAGAAAAGAAAAACCUCUAAAGAAUAUUUAGCAUCAAAAAUCUUUAAACCAUCAUAUCGAUCAAAAAUUUCAAAACAUUCUUUCUUUACUUUCUUUGAAGACAAUUUUAAUUUCAAAAUUGACGAAUUCGAGGUAGAGGAAGAUUUUAAUUUUAUUUAAAGUGUGAAAUAAUUGUAAAUAAAUAAAGGAAAUAAAAAAUGA